AUGUUCCAGCACCUGCUUCUCCCUCUUGUGAUCCUCGUCAUCAGCCCCAUCCCAGGAGCCUUCCAGGACUCAGCUCUCAGUCCUACUCAAGAACCUGAAGAUCUGGACUGUGGUCGCCCUGAGUCCUCUACCAGAAUCGUGGGGGGCUCAGACGCACAGCCGGGCAGCUGGCCAUGGCAGGUGAGCCUGCACCAGAAUGGGGGCCACAUCUGCGGGGGCUCACUCAUCGCCCCUUCUUGGGUCCUCUCAGCUGCCCACUGUUUCGUAAACAACGGGACCUUGGAGCCCGCGGCCGAGUUUUCGGUACUGCUGGGCGUGCACUCCCAGGACGGGCCCCUGGACGCCGCGCACGUACGCGCAGUGGCGGCCAUCCUGGUGCCGGACAACUACAGCAGCGUGGAACUGGGAGCCGACUUGGCCCUCCUGCGCCUGGCUUCGCCCGCCAGGCUGGGCCCCGCGGUACGGCCUGUCUGCCUGCCCCGCGCCUCACACCACUUCGCUCACGGAACGACCUGCUGGGCCACUGGCUGGGGGGACGUACAGGAGGCGGACCCUCUGCCUCUCCCCUGGGUGCUGCAAGAAGUGGAGCUAAGGCUGCUGGGAGAAGCUGCCUGUCAAUGUCUCUACAGCCGGCCGGGCCCCUUCAACCUCACUUUUCAGCUAUUGCCAGGGAUGCUGUGUGCUGGCUACCCAGAGGGGCGCAGGGACACCUGCCAGGGAGACUCUGGGGGGCCCCUGGUCUGUGAGGAACGUGGACGAUGGUUCCAGGCAGGAAUCACCAGCUUUGGCUUUGGCUGUGGACGAAGGAACCGCCCUGGAGUCUUCACUGCUGUAGCUCCCUACGAGGCAUGGAUCCGGGAACAGGUGAUGGGCUCAGAGCCCGGACCUGCCUUUCCCACCCAGUCCCAGGGCCCCCAAUCAGGCCCCUGGGAGCCCAUGGAUGAGAAUUGCACUAUCGCCCUGCCAGAGUGCGGGAAGGCCCAGAGGCCAGGGGCCUGGCCUUGGGAGGCUCAAGUGAUAGUGCCAGGAUCCAGACCCUGCCAUGGGGCGUUGGUGUCUGAAAGCUGGGUCUUGGCGCCUGCCAGCUGCUUUCUGGACCGCAGCAGCUCAGACGGCCAGCCCCGCGACCUGGACAACUGGCGCGUGCUGCUCCCCUCGCGCCUGCGCGCAGAGCAGGUGACUCGCUUCGUGCCACACGAGAACGCUUCCUGGGACCACGCCUCGGACCUGGUGCUGCUGCAGCUGCGCGCGCCCGUGAACCUGAGCGUGGCCCAGCGGCCAGUGUGCCUACCUCACCCAGAACACUAUUUCCUGCCCGGAAGCCGCUGCCGCCUGGCCCGCUGGGGCCGUGGCGAACCUGCGCCCGGCCCUAACACGCUACUUGAGGCGGAGCUGUUGAGCAGCUGGUGGUGUCACUGCUUGUACGGCCGCCAGGGGGCGACAGUACCGCUGCCGGGAGACCCACCGCAAGCGCUUUGCCCUGCCUACCAGGAGGAGGAGGAAUCGGGCAGCUGCUGGAACUACUCCAGUUGGAGCCUUUUGUGCCGGGAGGAGGGGACCUGGUUCCUGGCUGGAAUCAGAGUCUUCUCCAGUGGCUGCCUACGUCCCAGAGCCUUCUACCCUCUUCAGACCCAUGGCCCAUGGAUCAGCCAUGUGACUCGGGGAGCCUACCUAGAGGACCAGCUGACCUGGGACUGGGGCCCUGAGGGGGAGGAGACUGAGACACAAACUUGUCCUCCCCACACAGAACGUGGUGCCUGUGGCCUGCGGCCAGAGCCCGCUCCAGUGGGGCUCCUGUGGCCGUGGCUGGCAGAGGUGCAUGUGGCUGGUGAUCACGUCUGCACUGGGAUCCUCGUGGCCCCAGGCUGGAUCUUGACUGCCACUCACUGUGUCCUCAGGCCAGGCUCCACAACAGUGCCUUAUAUUGAAGUGUACCUGGGCCGAACAGGGGCCAGCCCCCUCCCACAGGGCCACCAGGUAUCCCGGUUGGUCAUCAGCAUCCGCCUACCCCGGCACCUGGGACUUCGGCCCCCCCUGGCCCUCCUAGAGCUGAGCUCGCGGGUGGAGCCCUCCCCUUCAGCCUUGUCCAUCUGCCUUCACCCAGGGGGAAUCCCCCUGGGGGGCAGCUGCUGGGUGUUGGGCUGGAAGGACCCUCAGGACCGAGUCCCUGUGGCUGCUGCUGUCUCCAUCUUGACACCACGACUCUGUCACUGCCUCUAUCAGGGUAUUCUGCCCCCUGGGACUCUCUGUGUCCUGUAUGCAGAGGGGCAGGAAGACAGGUGUGAGGUGACCUCAGCACCUCCGCUCCUGUGCCAGAGUGAGGGAGGCUCCUGGGUUCUCGUGGGCAUGGCUGUUAGAGGGAGCCAGGAGCUGUUUGCCUCCAUUGGCCCUGAAGAGGCCUGGAUCUCCCAGACAGUGGGAGAGGCCCAUUUCCUGCCCCCCAGUGGCUCCCCCUACUGGCCCCCUGAAGGCAGCAAUCCCUGUCCCCUGGACAUGGCUGGGGCCUCAGGCUUCCCUCCUAUUGCUCUGUUCCUGCUGCUCCUGACCCCCUUAAUCCAGGGCUGAGGGGUCUGAGUCCUGGACCACCUCUCCUUCUCCUUCCCUACCCCCUCCAGCCUUCCAUUUCCCUUCCAGUGGGGUUGGAAUGUGACUUAACCGGCUUUCAAUCCCUUCGCCAGAACCUCCAGAGCUCCCCCACCCACCUAGACUGCAAUGGCUUCAGAUAAUUGGCCUUCAGUGCCUGGAUAUUUUGUGCCCUGGAAUCCUUGGGGGCA